AUGGUUCCUCAGUAUGAUGAAAAUGUUCGCAACCUGCUGUAUCGGAGAUCAUGCCAAUACACGCAGAGCGGACUUGUGGAUGCCUCUGUCCUCGAAGCUGAUCUCGUCGAGAGGGUGAAGAGCUUCGCGAAGCGUUAUCCGAACAGCAGGACAGCCCAGGCUUGCAAGGUUGUGGAGGGAUGCACCCCCGACGCUAUCGCAGAAGCCAUCCGCUCGACAUGUCAGCAGGCACGACGUGAGCUUCUGCAAGAAGCGAUGGCUGGAUGGAGUGACGCAUCCAGAGAGUGGUUUAUGCAGCAGAUUGAAGAAGCCAAGAAAGAGAAGGUCGAGACAUACACCGCCUCAGCAGGCAACGAGCUGAAGAAGAAAUUUGAAGAGAUCGGACUGAUCGUAGACUCAGUGCAAGAGAGUAAAGCAAUCAUGUGGAAGGCUCCGUAUAGACCCGAGAUAGCGAGUGCUGAGGAGAUCCCGGUGACUGUUUCCUUCCUCCGCAAUGCACAAGCGGAGAAGCUCUGGCAGGGAAGAGAGGACUUCGCGAUCGAUGGUCGCAAGUUCACAGCUGUACAUGUGAGCAUCGUGCACGAUCGAUCUUUCAAGAUUCGAGCCAAGAGAGGACCCUGGGGCAAAGGGGGCAGCUUGGCAGAGCUGACUCACCUGCUAACCUUGGGCGGCAUGACAACGGCUGAGAUAGCUGCCGUCUAUCGCUAUCAGCUGCUGCGCCAGUCCCUUGCAGCGGUACAGCUCCAGCCGCUGGCAGGCAUGCUGGUCGCUGGGGCGCCAGGACAGCAAGUCCACAAAGGCUUAGGUCAGAAAGGCUUCAUCGCUGUAGGGGCCAACGUCAUCUGGAGACAGAGGGAGGUGGAGUGGAUCGUCUCCUCGAGCUGCCCAGAGGCGAAUGAUACAGCAUUUCGAGCUUUCCGAGAGAGCGAAGCGAUGGAGGGAGUACACCUGACUCUGUUCAGCGAGGACCCGAAGAUCAGAGAGGCGCUCGCAGUCGAGUUGACAGCGGAUCGCUUUGUGUCCAGAAAUAAGUUGAAGAAGGCAUCAAGACUGCAGAAGAAGGCAGGCGGCAAGGACGGCAAGGAGAUCAAGAUCAUCAUCAAGUCGACGGCGGCAUCUGGUCGCUUCACGAGGAAGGAGAUGGAGGGGCUGUGCAACGGCGGCAACACGUCUAUCGCAAGAGUCAAGAGAGUCUUGUUGGAGAUCGCUAACAGGCUCGAGAUCAACGUUGAAGGCAUCGACAUGGAGGAGGAUUUGAACACCAAGUCCUGGAACGGGUCCAAGCUAUGCAUCCUCCUCGGCUCCACGGAGGAUGCUCGACGCAUGAUGAAGGAGCUGCCCUUCUAUCUCGAAGGCGCAGCAACCAAGCUCGAAGCAGUCGGCUUCGACAAGGAGCCUGACUCUGAGGCGGCUGGUCAGCGGGGCACCAGCGACGCAGCGCAGCGACAGGAGGAGAGCGAGGGAGAGUGGCUGGAGUUUACAGACCUGGAGAGGAUCACAAUGGAGGCAGCAUCUCCGUCAAGCCAAGAGGACAUGCAGCUCGUCAGCGAGCUGUCAGCAGUCAUCGAAGAUGCAGCUUCUUUGAACGAGGCGGGGACGAGCGAGCCGAUCAAGCUGGUCCUGGACAAGGCCGUUGGCAACCUCCACGACACGUUCUACUCUCCGGGGAGCCUGGAGUUCAUGUCGCUGGGAGAGUGGGCGAAGAUGCCAGAGGAGCAGGGAGUUGGGCGCAACGUUCUCAAGGAGAAGCUGGGGAAGUGGCUGCAGAGCAAGCGCUGGACUCGCGUGCAAGGAGAGAGCAAGAAGGCAAGGAGGGGCAGCGCGGUCUCGCCACGGGCAACGGCAGCUGCUGAGCUUGAGCAGGGUUUAGGGCUCUUCAAGGAGGACGAGCAAUACACAUGGUACGCAAAGGGAGAGCCCACGAGGACCAGCAAACGCGGAACAUCAUCUUCUUGCCAAGGAUUUCACCUCAGCAGCUUGAGAGAUGAGCAACACACCUUCCUGUUUCCAACUAUCAUCCACAGCAACCACUGGAUUCUAAUUGCAUUAAGAUAUGAUCGGCGAUGCGCGUACAUAUUGGACCCUCUCUGCGAGGACAGAACGAGCACAACGAGGGACCCACGAGGGAUCGAGGGAGCGAGGAAUCUUGCAACAACGGGGGAGCACGGAGCAAGAGAAAUGGCUGAGCUGACAAUCGGAGUGAUCGAACACAUCUUUGACGAUCAGACCAACGCCCCAUGGCAGGUAAAGUGGUGCUCAGCCUUCCAACAGGAAGAUAACUUCAACUGCGGAGUGUUCGCUAUCCUUCACACCCUACUGCUCUGCGAGACAAAUCAAGACUGGCUAGCAACGAUGGAAACGAGGACAAGACUAAGACCUCCGCAAGAAUGGCUGAUGCAAACCAGAACACAACUGAUCGAAGCUCUCACCCAUCUGGAGAAGAUGGAGGAAACGGCCCAGGUAAUUCUGCGAUCUCUGCCGAAGGAGGCGAGGGUGCAAGAGAACUUGACAUCGACGACAAAGCUUGAGGAGGAGGUACAGCCGAACGCAAUCCAGCGGCUGAUGACCUCGACGACAAAGCUUGAGGAGGAGGUACAGCCACACGCAAUCCAGCGGCUGAUGACCUCGACGACAAAGCUUGAGGAGGAGGUACAGCCACACGCAAUCCAGCGGCUGAUGACCUCGACGACAAAGCUUGAGGAGGAGGUACAGCCGAUCGCAAUCCAGCGGCAGGCGACCUCCACGAAGCCCCAACCAAGACAUCUGGGUGAGGAAAUGGAGGAGAAUGCACAAUCAGGAGAGAAAACCUCCCAGAGAGGGAAGGAGCGGAGGGGGGAAAGGCAGGAGGAGCAAAGGGGCAAUGAUUGGGCGCAGAUGCAUCGAAAAAGUUCAGACCCAGGUUUCCUCAUCUCACAAAAUGUGAAUGGUUGCAAUCACUUUGUUCUCAAGCACAUCCUCGCAUACUUAAUCCAGUCCUUCCAACCUGGGGUUGUGCUACUACAAGAGGUAAGGGUCUCGGCCCGCGACGAGAACAAAUUAAGGAAGAUGAUCAAGGAGAACUGGGCCUGCUACAGAAUCUUCCUGGGGCCUGCAAAGAUCAAUGCGAAGAAGGGGAAAGGAGACCUGAGGUUGGUAACGCUGGUACAUGCGGCCCUGUCGCCGUCACCCUCCCCUGCCGCUCACCAGGCGUGCAACAAAGAAAAGAAAUAUCGAAACCGAGUGUUUUCGAUCAAAGUCGGAACAGGGAAAAACUCUUUCUUAGUCACAAACCUCCAUCAGGUACCUGCGGAAAAUGCGAUUCGAGAGCAAGGGGAACUGUGGGCAGAGCUGCUACACCUCGCUCUGGGAACGAGAGAGACACACAUCAUAGCCGGAGACUUUAAUGCAGCAAGAACCAACACAACAACACCAAUGCGGAGAGGAUAUUCCCCCUCAUCUAUCACCGCAAAAGCAGAUGAGAGAUUCGAGAAAUUCCUGGCAGACCUUUCCGCACACCGUACACUCUCAUAUGAACAGAUCAGCGAGACUGGGACAACAUUUACCUUCUCAACAUGGUACAAACAAGAACUGAUAGAAGCCAAACUCGACGCAGUUCUCGCUAUUCACCCCCCAAGUGACGAGGACAACUUUCCAAACAUCUCCCUUCAAUCGUGGACGGUCGACGGCUGUGUGAUAGGGGGAGCAGUUGAUCACAGAGCCCUGGUGGUGCAAGUACACACCAAGUUCACGUCCGAGGAGACGCAGCUAAUCCCACGAGUAGAAGUGCACCAGAUGAAUUCACGACAGAAGAAGGGGGAAACCCCUAAAAGCAGAUGGGUGCUGGAUCGCGAUUCGUGGGAGGAGAAGAAGAUCGAAUGGGCGCAACAACUAGAUGCAAACAUACGAGACAUGCGAGCUAAGGCGCAAGAAUGUAACAUUUGUGAGAUGCUCGCCAACUCUCUACCACUAAAGGAGGUGAAAAUCAGAACGGGAGGAAGGCGACAUUCGAACAAAGAACAAAUGGAUUUGAAGAGAUCGAUCCGCAACUUGCGGACUAAACUUAGGGAAGCAUCACAGCAAAGCCCAGCGACUGGAGUACCUACGGAAGCUACAUUACAAAGAGAAUUGCGAACUAAGAUCGAGAGGUUCAGAACGAUAUGUGAAGAACAAAACAACGAAGUUUUCCAAGAGAUCUGCCAACAGCAGCAAACACGGCUAGGCACGGUAGGCAGCCGUGAAUCCCAGAAUGCAAUGGGACGCAAGAAUGAUUUCAUUCCCAAAGAACCGAUGAUAAGUCAAGACAUCAAGAAAAAACACCCUAACUCCCUUCGUUGCCACAAAGGCUUGGCUCUUCGACUGCUCGGCAAGAUAGUCGACAAUGCCGACGAGCUCAUCAACCAAAUCGAAGCAACCCUAUCUAGCGAAGACACGAGGGGCGUUAGAGCAUUUUGGAGUGCAAACCAGCAACUGAUGAUUGGGAUCGAGCGAGAGGGGACAGAUGACUGGAUCUUUCUAUCACUGCUACCUGCAAACACAAUCACGAAAGCAAUUGUAGCACUAGAAGAAUCGGAUAAAACAACAUGGGAGAUAGCAGGAUACCGUGAUCUCACGGAUCAUCUCCCAAUGCAGAAGCGUCAACGCAUGCACGAAACAAGGGACCUGCUCAAAAUGCUCAAACAUCGGAUGUAUGCUCCCCUUGGCUGA